UCUGGCAGAUACUCUUGUCAGCACAGUGAUGGGUGCUUCAGAGGUUUCGGUGAGUAUGUUAAAGGAGAAGCUCAGCUUCUCAGAUGGCCUGCAGGAGGGAGAAAUGGGUAAAAACCUCCAGGGAAAGUGUCUAUCACUUGUGUCUCCUCUGAUACCCGUCAAGCUUUCUUGCUGCUGUCUGUUGACCUCAGUCUUCACUGCAGCUGUAGUUGGGCUUUCUGUUGCUUCGUCAGUUCCAGAGGGAGAGUCCAGAAUGGUGGGGGAGGCCUGGCAACAGGUACCUGGGGCGAGAAGCUGAGAGCUCAC